AUGCAAUAUCAUCAAGAGGCAAAAUGAGGCACUCAUUUUGGACUAAUUCGGCUGAAAGGUAGCCCUUGAUGCCACACAGUCAAUUGAUCCCGCCAUUAUUUUAAUGAGUUUUGUCUGAAUCCAACCAUCAGUUCAGCCUCAGUCUUGUGGGCAGCCGAGGCCCUUCAGUCAGUGGGGUUUGCGUGCGACAGCGCCAACCUUUCUCCACAUUCCACAAUGAAAGAGUUUUGUCCCUACAUUGUGAUUUAGGUCAUCACUAAUUCAGUGCCUGUUUUGUGGCAUUUGAAAGAUGUCCAAUCUCCUGGGUUGGCACAAUCACCCCAUGCCUGUUACCAUGGAAAGCGGGCGAGUAAGAACCUCCUCCAUGCGUGUUCCCAAAGUAAAUCUCCACUUUCUGUGGGCUGUGCUGGGGGGGUAACUUGCGGUCAUCUCUCUCUGCGGUGAAAGAUGCUGGAGGUUCAUGCCCUGCACCCAUAAAUUAACCCUCUCCUCUCCUUCUGCACGUUUCAAUUCAGUGAAGUAACUGGCUACUUGUGGUUAAUGUCUAUACUCUCAGUGUAUCAGCGCUCUGCGAUUGUGUAAUAGAUAAAGAUACUCUACCAAGGCUGGAAAUCUGAAGAGGUUAAUUCGGCUGACUCCUCCCAGCGUUGCCAUUUAUCGUAUUAAUAAUCACACCACUUGAGCUUCGCCUUAAAAGUGGGAGGGCUGCUCGAGAGCGCCGGAAAACCGCGAGGAGCUGUCUCCGUUACACGUGGUGCUGAAAGUGCCACUCGCCGCAUCAUGUGGUCGGUCUUCUUUGUCUUUCUGUCUUACCUGGACAGAAACUUCGUCAAGGGCGACUUCCUGAGCCGCGCUUUGGACGCAGAGAAGGAGAGCAAAGAAAUGUUCUCCAUGCUCAACGACACCUUUUGCGCAAAAAUGUCAACUGUAAGAGAGAAUUUCCUCUACCAGGUGUCAGACGGAGCCGAGGCGGUGCGCUCCGUCGUCAGCCCCGCCGGGAAGCUUGUGAACUGCUCUGUCAUUGUGAACCAGAUACAGGUGAAGUCGUUCAUGCACGAGUGCAGGUUGGGACUGAAAGAUCAGAGAGCCGGGCGGCAUCUGGAGACGCGUUUUGCGCGCAUGGAUGAAGCCAAACUGAAGUGCCGGGAGUUUAAAGAGAGGUCGGAGCGCAGCGGCAGGGUGAAAAAGGAUGACAACGAUGACUCUGCGCUGCGGGACAAGGUUUUAAAAAGAUCCAAGAGAGGCUUCACUUAUCCUGGGACCCUGUGGUGUGGAGCUGGAAACAUGGCUGAUCAUUAUGGCCAGCUGGGAGAGUUUGCACAGACCGACAGCUGCUGCCGUACUCAUGACCACUGCCCUCACGUCAUCCAUGCCUUCUCCUCAAAUUAUGGCCACACUAAUUUCAAGUGGCACUCCAUCUGUCAUUGUGACUGCGAUAAUGCGUUGAAAGAUUGUCUGAGGAAAGUCAACGACACAUCUUCCAGGGUAGUUGGUCAGGCGUUCUUCAAUGUCAUCGGUGUGCCUUGCUUUGAUUUUGUCUAUGAAGAACAGUGUGCAGAGCGGCACUGGUACGGCAUGUGUAAACGAUAUGAGAAGCUUCCCACUGCUGUGCUGAGAGAGGCGGUCCCAUAUGACUUUGGCGGCAUUGACGUCAUCGAUGUGCUGACGUUGGCUCCUCCCAAGAAGGAAUCCAAGAAAAGCGAGGAAGAAGAGAAACCGGAGAGUACAACACAGUCUACGAUUUCAGGCCCUGAAGAGCCUUCACUUGGAAACGUUGUCACCGCUGCUGAGGACUUCAUCAAGGUCCUCGCUACUGUCUCCACCUCUCAAAGCUCCAACUCCGACUCUGAUAAAGGCGAGACACAAAGCUCAGAGAAGAGGAAGAACACAGGGAAGAAGAAGAAAACCACCAAAAAGCAGAAAGCAAAACGAAAGGGGAGGAAGAGAAAGCAGAAAACAGAGGCAGGUGUUAAAAUAGAGGAAGGAGCUCCAGUUUCGACCUCUGGCAGCAAAGCAGAAGAAGCCAUCGCUCUAAAUUACAUCAUCAGUGAGGCACGAAAACACGACCAGUCAAAUAGAAACACAAACAGAGUCGGUGACAUUGAAUAUGAGCUUGGAGGAAAAGAAGAGCCCUCCAAUGAAGUCAUGAAAGAUGAACCAGCGAUGGAUAAGGAGACUGUUUCCAUUACGUCACCUACGACAGUCAAGAAAACAGCAGCAGAGUCGGACACUGAUGCGCUGACCGAGUCCACAGAAGAAAUCAUUCUUUCUCCGUCAACAAGCACGACAACUGUUAUUCCACAGAAAGCAAAAACCAGAAGGCUAAGAAAGGGGAGGAGAAAGAAGAGCAAGAAAAUUCCUCUUCCUUCUUUCGAAGACCUUGUAACGAACACAACAGACAACUUAAGAGCCAUUUCUGUCCCCACCAUCAUUACCAUAACCCCAGCAGCACAGCCCGAGCAACAAAGCUUUGGGAGCGACACUGAAAAGCGACCUAUCGUCAGCACUGCCAGGACCCCCAUUGUAAUCCCCAAAGUCAAAAGGAACAGGUCAAAAGAGAGAGGAGACAGAGAGGGGAGGAAAAAAAGGAGGAAAGUCAGCUCGGCUUCUCCCAUUGUGGCCGCUGCCCUUGAAAAUUCCUCUGCAGACAAUCUGAAAGUGAUCCCUCUCACCGGGGCUCCCACCAUACCUUCGGUGGCCACCACAGUGCGGCAGGUUUCACACAGGCUGGACAUUUACGGAGGGAAGACGACCGUCCAAGUUACGGCUCUGAACUCCUUUAGUGUUUUGAAAAGGCAAAAGUCAAAAGAGAGAGGACUGAGAAGCAGUGAAAAUCCACUUUUUCGCAACAUCUCUGAAAAUGUGCUUCCUGUUCUUCCAACUCCAGAGAUGAGUGAUGCACUGAGCAGCCCUGCAACCACUGCCGCAAUUAGUGGGCUUCCAGAAGAAACAGAAACUCACAGUGAAUGGAGGCUUUUUAGUACUAUCACAGCAGCCCCUUCCAUCAUUACAAAACGACACAGGCAGACAAUCAGACGGCAUAGAAAACCAAGAAAGGAAGAUGUGCCUGCUGCUCUCAGCGAUGGAGUUUCUUUCCCUAAAACUGAACAAACACCAAUGACAUUUACAACCACGCCAUCCAAAGUCAAAACUACUGAAGAGCUCAAUCUACAGAGAUCUGAAAAGCCCCGCACAACCACCUCAGCAACUCCCGCCAUGAGUCCAAUUCAGUUAUCUAUUGAGAGAGCAAAAGCACAAUUCACCAGGAAGAAGAGAAGGAAACUGUCUAUUAGACAACAAUGAGCCAUGUGGUGCAAGCAUAACAGGAUAGGCAAAAAAAAGGCAACUUAGCUGGUUAGGCUAGCUCCUGUCGAUCAGACAAGCUUGCUUCAUGAUGAGUUAAAUGCUACAUCAAAAUAUUUACAGUAUAAUCUUUUCUGGUUCAGCAUUUAAAUCACAGACAUUUACACAAAUCAUAUUUGAUUGUGAUGUGAGAAUCAUGUUUUGUAAUGCUGUAUUCUACAUGUCUAAUAAAAUUUCUGAAUGAUUAUGAA